CCCCCUCCUCUGGAGACCACACUAACUUAUAUGACAGAUCUGUACAAUGAGAUCUUCGAGAUCGUCGACAGCUGCACAUUCGCCUCCAAGUCUAUCUCUCCGACGAUGUGGCAGGCCUUUGAACUUAUUCACAAGACGUUCAAAUCCGGUGCUGAGCUGUACCUUGAAGACAUGCUGCCGGCCCUGGACAACUACGUUUCUUACGGUACAGACAUGCUGAUCCAGAACCCUGCCUAUCUCAGAGCGAUAGUAGGCAUGGUGGAGGACAUUUUCCACGACGAGAAGGUGGGCGGCGUGGACAGAAUAUGCGGCUGCAAGCUUGCCGAAACCGUGAUGCUGAAUCUCCGCGGAUAUGUGGACCAAUACGUCCCUAUGUUUAUUGAGCUGGCGAUGAAUGUGAUCAACAGCGGAGAUGCCAAGACGAAGUCUUACCGGAUCCAUCUGAUGGAGAUGGUGAUCAAUGCUGUCUACUACAACCCUCGGCUAACCCUCCAGGUUCUGGAAUCCAAGGGCUGGACGAACAAGUUUUUCAGCACAUGGUUCUCAAACAUUGACAACUUCCGGAGGGUGCAUGACAAGAAGUUGUCUAUCGCGGCGAUUAGCUCGCUGUUGACUCUCAAGGCAGAUGAGGUUCCGGCCAGUGUUCAACAGGGCUGGCCAAGACUGCUGCAGGGUGUCACUCGACUGUUCCAAACCCUGCCAGCCGCCAUCAAACAUCGUGAGGAGGCAACCAAGGAGUCCGACUUUACGUUUGACGAUGAAGGCGACGAUAUAGACGAUGGCAAUGACUGGGACGGCGAAGUCGAGUGGACCGACCAGGACGAGGCCGAAGGCGGCGGGGACGGCGACGUUCCCGACGAGAGCACGGCCUAUCUGGAUUUCCUCAACCAAGAGGCUCAGAAAUUCGGUUCUUUUGCUGACGACGAUGAUGACGAGUUGGACGAGGAGAGCUUGUUGGAGACGCCGUUAGACAAAGUUGAGCCAUAUGGUCUUUUCAAACAUGUUCUUCUCAACCUUCAACAAGAGCAGCCACAAUUGUACGAGACCUUGACGAAGAUUUUGAAUCCCGAGGAGCAGCAGAUCAUCGAGUCUGUGUUCCACGAGGCAGAUGCGAAAGCCCUGGCUGCCGCAAAUGCCGAGGCCGCUGUUGCUGCCAGUCUGCAGGCGAAUGGCACCAACUAG